AUGUUAUUGUUUAUCGUCGGCCUAUUUACCAAUAACUCAGCUCGAGGAGUCACUGUCGAGACCGUGUUCCAGUUGGGCGAAACCGGAACAGUCUUUGAAAACUUGGCCCUGCGAGAAUCGGGCGAAAUCCUUGCCACCAGAGCUGAUGUGCCUGAGAUUUGGUCUAUUGACCCCUCCACCAAGACGGGACACAAAAUAUUGACCAUACCUGGUGCUUUUGCAGUUAUGGGGAUUGUGCAGGUCUCGAUUGACGUCUUCUAUGUAAACAGCGGCAAGUACUCGGUGCAGAGCCACGACUCAGGAGAAGGCUCCUGGGAAAUUUGGAAGAUUGACUUGGCAGCCAGUCAGCCUCGAGCUUCCAAGUUAGUGUCUGUCCCCGAAGCUGGUUUAUUGAACGGAAUGGCCAAAUGGGACGAUAACACAAUCCUUACGGUCGAUUCCAUUGGCGGUCGAAUCUAUAAGGUAGACCUUCGGACUGCUAAAUACGAGGUCGCCUUUUCCGAAGACGUGCCGAUGAAGCCGCUCGACAGAGGUCUGGGAAUUAACGGAAUCAAAGUGCACGACAUGUUCGUUUACUUCACAAAUACUGAUCGCCGAUUGUUUUAUCGCACUCCAGUCGACACCAAUCUGAAGCCGAAAGGGCCGGCGCAGCUAGCAUUGAGUGGGUUUCGCCUGGAUGACUUCACGAUUGACCACGACGGCACGAUAUACAUCGCGACAGGCAAGUCAAAUCAGAUCCUUCAAUACAAGCUACCUGGAUGGGUGCGACGGGUAGCGGGAUGGUUUGACUCAGUUGAUCUCGCUGGUGUCACAGCUUGCGAGUUCGGUAAAUCGGAGCACGAUGAGAAAUUACUUUAUUUCUCUACCAGCGGUACUACAUUUGACCAGAUCGAGGGUGCAGAACCGGAGCCUGCCAAAAUCGCUGUAAUCAAGUUCCAGGAAGCAGAACUUUGA